UCUUCUAUCCUCUAGUCACCAUCGACAAGUUGCAUUAAGCUUUUGUUUCUUGAUCUCGAAAGGGAACCUUCUUCUUGUAUUUGAAUUAUAUUGCUCUCAUGAGUGGCAAUAAUCACAUCAUGAUGGUGACUAGAGGGGUGGUGUGCGGUAAAUGUAGACACCGAUUAUCAAUACCGACAACAAAUUCCACAGAAGUUAAGUGCCCAACUUGCAAUAAGAUGAAUCCAAUUCCAACCUAUGAACAAUUCGGUAACAAAGAUCGGAGCAUCGAAAAGUUAAUAGUUAAGGCAAAGGAAAAGAUAUCAGGCAAUGAUCUAAUUAGUAGCAAAAAACCAGACUCGUUGAAUAAGAAGCCCUCCCUCUUGAACAUUCCGGGGUCAUCAUCAUCGGAGACAAGACCAGCAGGGAAGCGAGCGCUGCUGAUCGGGGUGACUUACAAAAGGAAGCACAAGCUUAAGGGGGCAAUCAAUGAUGUGAAGGGCAUGAGAGAAUUGUUGAUCCUCAAUUUUGGCUUCAAGGAGGACAACAUUCUGGUUCUGACAGAGCAGGAGAUAGAACCAGAACUAAUUCCAACAAAGAAAAACAUCAUGAAAUCCCUGGAAUGGCUCGUGAAGGGCUGUCAGGCUGGUGACUCCCUCGUGUUCUACUUCUCCGGCCAUGGCUUAAGUCAACCAGAUUUUGAAGGCGAUGAGAGAGAUGGGUUUGCCGAAAAUAUUUGUCCGGUGGAUUUCAUGACCGAAGGCAUGAUCGUUGACAAUGAUAUUAAUUCAACCAUUGUUUGGCCGCUCAAAAAAGGUGUCACUCUUCAUGCAAUUGUCGAUGCCUGUCACAGCGGAACUGUCCUUGAUCUUGAGCAUGUCUACAAUAGAAACAAAUGGGAAGAUAACAGCCCUCCAUCUGGAAAUGCUAGGAAACAUCCAGAUGGUGGAUUGGCAAUAUCUCUCAGUGCUUGUCUUGAUAAUCAAGUUGCUGCUGAUACCACCGCAUUCACAGGAAAGACAAUGAAUGGAGCUAUGACCUUCCUUUUAAUUAAAAUUAUGAAGAAAUAUCACGGAGUAACAUAUGGUGACCUACUUGAUAUGAUGCAUGAAGAAUUGGACAAAGUUAAUGAAAGCAGAUGCUUUGCUGAAAAAAUCUUUAAAAAAAUAACGAAAAACAUGUUAUUGCAGAAGCCUCAGAUUUCAGCUUCCAAACCAUUCGAUGUUUACAAGCAACAUUUUGUUUUGUAAUCGUUAGAGCAAGAAACUAAAAUAACAGCAUGUCCAUGACUAGCGAGCCUCUGAUAAUAAGCUAGGAAAGGGGAAAAACAUUUUCCUUCAAUUUCUUGAUUGGCCUAUUAGGCAAAUCUCUAUUUAUCAUGCAUUUGGCAAUCAGUGAAUAUCCUUAACCUUCCAAGCGAACGUUUUGUUCUGGAUCAACUCUGUGUCCCUAGAUCGUUGAAGAGUUCGAAACUGAACUUGUUUGCUUCUGGGUCCUGAUUGUGUAUUCUAUAUAUGUGGAAUAACAUAUUGUUGGUUAAAGCUAUUUAUUUGUGAACUUUUUAUUUU